GUUCUUUCUUCCAUAUCUUUCUGUGGGUACCCUUCUCUCUCUCUCUCUCUCUCUCUCUCUCUCUCUCUCGAGAUUGGUGUCAAAGAUAAAGACCACUGCCAUACCCACACACACUCUUCCCACUCCAAACAAAAGCUCUCUCCACAACUUCAAACACCACAAACUCCAUCAUUCACCAUCAUCUAAUGAAGGACAGUGGAGGCUCUCUUCGACAAGAGAGCCUACCCGAGAUUACCACCACCAAAGAAGCUGAGAAAGAAGAACCAAACUACUAAACACUCACCUUUUUCUUCUGAACUCUCCAUACAUACAUACUCCAUUUUCAGCUCAAAGUAACAACCUUUUCUGUUUUCUUCUUCGUGGGGUGUGUCUUCUUUGUGUUUGUGUUUUUGCUUCAAUGGCACUUUCUAUGCACAAGGACGCGUCAAAUAGCAUGGAUUCAAGCAAGUACGUGAGGUACACACCUGAACAAGUUGAGGCUUUGGAAAGGGUCUAUGCUGAAUGUCCAAAGCCUUCUUCUUUGAGAAGACAACAACUCAUCAGAGAGUGCCCAAUCCUCUCAAACAUUGAGCCUAAACAGAUCAAAGUCUGGUUCCAGAACCGAAGAUGCCGUGAGAAGCAAAGGAAAGAAGCCUCUCGCCUGCAGACAGUGAAUAGAAAGCUGACUGCAAUGAACAAGCUGUUGAUGGAGGAGAAUGACCGGUUGCAGAAGCAGGUCUCCCAUUUGGUCUAUGAAAAUGGAUAUAUGAAGCAACAAAUUCAUACUGCAUCUGCUACUACUACCACAGACAAUAGCUGUGAGUCUGUUGUGAUGAGUGGUCAGAACCAACAACAGCAAAACCCAACACCUCAGCAUCCUCAAAGGGAUGCUAACAACCCAGCUGGUCUUCUCGCCAUAGCUGAGGAGACCCUGGCAGAGUUCCUUUCCAAGGCUACUGGAACUGCUGUCGACUGGGUCCAGAUGAUUGGGAUGAAGCCUGGUCCGGAUUCUAUUGGAAUCGUUGCUGUUUCCCGCAACUGUAGCGGUGUGGCAGCACGAGCCUGCGGCCUUGUGAGUCUAGAACCCACAAAGGUUGCUGAGAUUCUCAAAGAUCGACCAUCAUGGUACCGCGACUGUCGGUGCCUUGAUGUGUUGAGCAUUGUUCCUACAGGGAGUGGGGGCACUAUAGAGCUCAUAUAUAUGCAGACUUACGCGCCAACUACUUUGGCAGCAGCGCGCGACUUCUGGACAGUAAGAUACACUACAAGUUUGGAAGAUGGAAGUCUUGUGAUUUGUGAGAGAUCAUUGACAUCUUCGACCGGCGGCCCUACAGGGCCUCCUUCUUCAAACUUUGUAAGAGCUGAGAUGCUUCCCAGUGGUUAUCUAAUUAGACCCUGCGAGGGUGGUGGCUCCAUUAUUCAUAUUGUAGACCAUGUUGAUUUAGAUGUCUGGAGUGUUCCUGAAGUACUGAGGCCGCUUUACGAAUCUUCAAAAAUCUUGGCCCAGAAAUUGACCAUUGCAGCCCUGCAACAUAUAAGACAGAUUGCACAAGAAUCUAGCGGAGAAAUUCAGUAUGGUGGGGGACGCCAGCCUGCUGUGUUGAGGACAUUUAGCCAGAGACUCUGCCGGGGGUUCAAUGAUGCUGUUAAUGGGUUUGUGGAGGAUGGUUGGUCACUGCUGGGCAAUGAUGGGGUAGAAGAUGUGACUAUAGCUAUAAACUCAUCUCCCAACAAAUUUUUGGGGUCCCAGUACAAUUCAUCAAUGUUCCCAGCUUUUGGAGGUGGGGUUCUGUGUGCCAAGGCAUCCAUGCUGUUGCAGAAUGUUCCUCCGGCUUUGCUUGUUCGAUUCUUGAGGGAGCAUCGGUCUGAGUGGGCCGAUUAUGGUGUUGAUGCAUACUCUGCUGCAUGUCUUAAGGCUACUCCCUAUGCUGUUCCUUGUGCAAGACCUGGUGGUUUUCCAAGCACCCAGGUCAUUUUACCACUUGCUCAUACUAUUGAGCAUGAGGAGUUCUUGGAGGUAGUUCGGAUAGAGGGUCAUGCAUUUUCCCCUGAAGAUGUUGCAUUGGCACGCGAUAUGUAUUUGCUUCAGCUUUGCAGUGGGGUUGAUGAAAAUGCAAUUGGAGCUUGUGCUCAAUUGGUAUUUGCACCUAUUGAUGAAUCAUUUGCUGAUGAUGCUCUUCUACUUCCUUCUGGAUUCCGCGUCAUACCAUUGGAUCCUAAAACAGAUACUCCAACCACAACAAGGACAUUAGAUUUGGCAUCCACACUUGAAGUAGGUUCUGGGAAUACACGUGCAGCCGGAGAAGCCGAUGAUUACAAUCUUCGGUCAGUCCUUACCAUUGCAUUCCAGUUCACCUUUGAGAACCAUUUGCGCGACAAUGUAGCUGCCAUGGCUCGCCAGUAUGUGCGUAGUGUUGUGGGGUCGGUUCAGAGGGUUGCAAUGGCAAUUGCUCCAUCUCGGCUCAGUACUCAACUGGGGCCAAAGUCUCUCCCUGGUUCACCGGAGGCUCUUACUUUGGCAAGAUGGAUCAGCCGAAGCUACCGAGUCCACACUGGUUCAGACCUUUUUCGGGUUGAGUCAACUGCUGGUGAUGCAAUCUUGAAGCAACUUUGGCAACAUUCUGAUGCAAUCAUGUGCUGUUCUGUGAAAACAAAUGCAUCUCCAGUAUUCACCUUUGCAAACCAAGCCGGACUUGACAUGCUCGAAACUACUCUUGUCGCCCUUCAAGACAUUAUGCUCGACAAAGUUCUUGAUGAAUCUGGCAGGAAGAUUCUUUGCUCUGAAUUCUCCAAGAUUAUGCAACAGGGUUUUGCAUAUCUACCAGCAGGAAUAUGUGCUUCCAGCAUGAACAGGCCAGUGUCCUAUGACCAAGCAAUUGCAUGGAAAGUUCUCAAUGAUGAUGACUCCAAUCACUGCUUGGCCUUCAUGUUCAUGAACUGGUCCUUUGUCUAAUGAAGAAUCUUAUAUUACAUUAUUAUUAUUAUUACUAUUAUAAUAUCUCUAUGUAAUUUAUAUAUUCAGCACUUAAGUACUAGAUACUGCUAUCAUAUAAUAGACAAAUGUACUAAUUUCAAGAUUUCAUGAACCCAUGUCUAUAUAUAUAUAUGCUUUUAUAUUAUUAUAAAAAAAUAUCCUUGUUAAAUUAGUGC